GUUUACUUUAUGUGACUACGUUGUCCAUUCCAUUUAUAAAAGAUUGCAUUUUUCAACCGUUAGCUUUCAUGUAGUCUUGCACAAACAAAUAAUGUGUAUUUAACCAUAUCCCUGUUAGAAUUAUUUAUUAUCAUAAGUCAAAGUUAACAUGCUCUUCUCAGGGUCGGUAGCAUAGCAAGCACAACUUUUCUCCUGUUAUGGUAAUAUUUUUUGUGUUCAUAGCUCAUUGACUUUUACAGCAAUGGAUUUCUAAAGAAAUGAAUAAUGGUAAUCUUUCAAAAUUUACAUAGCGUAGUAAGUCUGCAGCUUGGCUAUGCUACUGGUUUUGAAGGUGUUUAGGUGCUACCAUGAGAGUCUUGGAGAUUUUAAUUGAACCAAAAGAAAAAUGAACACAAGCAUUAAAACAUGAAAAUGACAUAAAUUGCACUUUAGGUCAAUAUUGCAUGCCUGAGGAAGGUGUUCGAUUGACAGAAAAAGAUCAAUUGCUUACUACAGAUGAAAUUAUUAGUCUCAGUAAACUAUUUGUAAAUCAAGGAGUAGAAAAGAUUCGUCUAACAGGAGGAGAACCUUUACUUAGAAAAGAUGUUGUUACUAUAUGUGAAAGACUAAGUCAGAUGCCAAAUUUAAAAGACAUUGCCAUGACAACAAAUGGAGUUAUUCUUUCAAGAGUUCUUCCAGAUUUACAAAAAGCGGGAUUAAAUCUUCUUAAUAUUAGUCUUGAUACAUUGGUGCCUAAGAAGUUUGAGUUCAUUACUAGAAGAAAACAUACUGGGUGGCAUAAGGUUAUGAAGUCCAUUGAUAUGGCUGUCAACCUUGGUUUUCAUCCCCUUAAGAUUAACUGUGUUGUGAUGAAGGGCUUAAAUGAUGAUGAAAUCUGUGAUUUUGUGGCUCUGACUCAAGACAUGCCUGUUGAUGUUCGUUUUAUUGAAUACAUGCCAUUUGAUGGAAACAAAUGGAAUUUUCAUAAGUUUGUCUCCUAUCAAGAAAUGUUGAAAAAAAUUCGCGCAAAAUGGUCCAAUGUUGUAAAACUAGAGAAUGCUGUAAACGAAACGUCUAAAGCGUACAAAAUUCCUGGUUUUGCUGGUCAACUUGGAUUUGUGACGUCAAUGAGUGAGCAUUUUUGUGGCUCAUGUAACCGACUGCGAAUUACUGCUGAUGGAAAUCUCAAGGUUUGUUUGUUUGGUGCGGCUGAAGUAAGUUUACGUGAACUUCUGAGGUCUGGAUCGAAUGAAGCAGAGCUUGUUGACGUCAUUUCCGCAGCCGUUUUACGCAAGAAGAAAGAACAUGCAGGCAUGUUUAAUAUUGCAAAGCAGAAAAACCGUCCCAUGAUUCUCAUUGAUCAAAAUAUCCACGAAACAUCAGCCAAAUUGAGCAAUGAGAAAUUUAAAAUUUUAACAAUAACGAGCGAGAAGUACGUCCUACAAGGUAUUCGUAAUUUUAACCGUCUGACGGCUAUCGUCAAUAUUUCUUUCACAACUGUUCAUAGCAAUACAGGGAAUUUCAAAAGUGAUAUUCGAUGCGGCUUUAAUUUCAAACAAUGCUGCACAUCAUGGAAAGAAAUUCUCUGCAAAUAUUUUUCCAUGAUUAUAUACUCCGACGUGGUUGGAACUUUAAAAAGAAAAUGUGCUAUCGAGGAAUUUUUGUUUCCACAUUAUCACUUUGAACAAAAAAACUCUAAGAGCUCUAGGUUUAAAAAGUUAAAUGCUCCGCAUAUAACCAAAGUACAACAAAAUUUUAAUGUAUUGCGACGAUAUUUGAAUACAACGUCCUUGACAACAGACGACAUGGAAUCAAAAAUGACUUAUAAGAGUAAUCGGGAAAUGUCAGAAAUUAGUGAUAUUUUGACACAUGUGAAUGAAGAUGGCGAUAUAAAAAUGAUCGACGUGGGAGAAAAAGAGAAAACACGACGCUUCAGUGUGGCCAUUGCCACUGUAAGACUUGGAAAAGAGGUUUUUCGAUUGGUCAAAGAGAAUAGUAUCGAGAAAGGAAAUGUUUUAAAUGUUGCAAAACUGGCUGGGAUAAUGGCGGCGAAGAAGACCUCUGAUCUUAUUCCACUUUGUCAUAAUAUUCUGUUGAGUGAUGUGGCGGUUGAUUUUGUCUUAAAUGAAGAAACUUGGAGUGUUGUAAUCGAAGGAAAAGUAAAAUGUCAUGGUAGAACAGGUGUGGAAAUGGAAGCAUUGACAUGUGUUUCUGUGGCAGCACUUACUGUAUAUGAUAUGUGCAAGGCUGUCUCCAAAGAUAUCGUGAUUUGUGAUGUGCGGCUAUUGGAGAAAGGUGGUGGAAAAUCUGGACAUUAUCGAAGGUGAACCUGAUUUGGGGUCGUUAAAUAUUGUAUGUAUAUGUAUUUGUCGCCUAACAUUCAUAGCUAACGUACGUAAAUUGACUGUCGCAAAUUUUUCUAUGAGUAUCUUUUUUUAUAAAAAAGUAAGAAAUUCUUACAACAGUUGCCUAUGCAUUGAAUAUUUGGCAUUUUAUCAUUUUUUUAAGUAGAUGAGUUGAGUAAUGUGAAAGGACUGUGUCAAAGAUGGUUUUUUGUUUAAAAAUGUUCAAUCAAUUUCGGGCGAAGUUUAUUUCGAAUACGCUUGCUGAAACUUUCCCGUAAUGUGUGGCAAUAAAAAUUUAAAUGUUAAA